AUGUCAGCAAUUGUGAAUACAUAUUGUACAAGUGAACGGGCUGAAUUUUCUUUGUAUGGAUAUUUUGUAAAGAAAAGAUAUAAAGAUUCAAGAGGCUUUCCGGAACUAAUAUUAAUUAAGAAUGAAAAGAUUGAACUGUAUGAAAUUUCAGAGAAUUCAUUUAGAUUUACUACAUCAUCGGACCUCAUAAUAAGUCCAGUAAGUUGCUGCAUAAUAAAGGGAAUGGAUGAUUCUGUUGAUUUUAUUGCAUUAUUAUUUUCCAAUUGGAAUUUAAGUAUAUACAAAUACGAUGAAAACUAUAAUUGUCUGAAGAUCGUUAAUAGAUUUAUUAUAUCAGUGAAUAAUUUACUUAAUGAAACAAGUGAGGCUAAUGUAAUGAGUAAAGGUAUGAUAGAUAUGGAUGAUUUGGUUAAAAUGGAAUCUUUAAAUACAAGUAAAGAUAGCGAUAUUGGUAUGAUAAUGAUAAUGAUAACAUUACCUAAAUAUAUUUUGUUUGUAACUAAGAAAUUAAGUUAUGAAUUUAAAGGCUCUGAAAAAAAGGAAAUACUUAAUAUAGUUAAUUGCUGGGGGAUUACUUGUAAUACUGAUUUACUUGUAGAUACUAUAGUUGAUACAUGUUUUAUUGCUGAUAAAUGUGAGGUAUUUGCACAUCCAAGAAUAGGUAUACUAACAAGGAUAGGACCUAUUAGUAAUGGAGCUGUGCAAUCUCAUUCAAAUAGUGUUAAUCUAAUUUUUAUUUCUUUGAAUAUAGAGAUAAUGAAUUUUUAUAUUAUAGAAAAGAUUGAAUUACUUCCAAUGGACUGUUAUAAGUUAUUUCCUAUUAAUACUGAAAAAUUACCAAAUAUAUCUAUAUCUGGAGGUUUGAUAAUUGCCUCUAAGAGUUGCAUCAUAAUAAAAUCUAUUUUACAUAAUCCAUUUACUUUGGUUACAGUAAAUAAUGACUACAAUGAGAUCCCAACUAAGAAAUUGGAAAUUGAUAUAUGUGUACAGAAUGAAUUGACAUUCAGACCACAAAUUAUUGGAAAUAAUAAUUCAUCUAUAGAAGCAUGUUCAGAACCUGUGAAAUCUUUUAUUUCCCCACUUAAACCACUUUUUAUACAGAAUAGUGAUUUAAUGGUUGAUUUAGAACUUAUAUCUGCUGUAAAUUUCAUUUGUACAAGUGAAUACUAUGGUAUUUUAUUAUUUAAUAAAGUUGAACCUUAUGUUUUGGGGUUAAUUUUGCACUUAGCUCAUGAAGAACCUCAUGGUUUUAAUUUUAUAAAUUGGUUUAAAAUAGAGCAAUAUUGGGAUUGGACUCAUCAAUUCAGAAGUUAUUCUAAGAAAACUGAAGAAGAUUCUUAUAUAUGCCAAAGUUCUAUAGGAUUAGAUUUGAAGCUAGAAAGUCUGCAAAAAAGAACUCGUAUUAGUGAUUACUCUAUGAUAGAUUCAUUUUGCUUGGCAAUAUCUAUUCCUAUUUUUCCAGUACAAUCUGCAUUUUGGUUAUUUUGUGAAGAGUCUACUGGCAGAGGUACUAUAUUAGUUGUGGGAGAUGUAUCAUCAAGUUCUGGUGUGUCUUUUUUAGAUAUUGAAAUGAAAGGUAUAAUAAGCUGUAGAGAUGAAAUACAGAAUAACUUGUUCAGUAAAGUAGACUUAUAUACAGAAAAUAAUCUCACAGAUUCUAAUAAAGACUUUUUAUGUAAUAUUAAUUUUGAUAAAUGUUUAAGAAACUUACUUACCAUAAACUAUGAUCGCAUUGUUAGUUCAUAUGAUUUAGAUUUUGAAAUGAUUGAAAAAUUAUAUUUAGAAGAAAGUAAAAAUAGUAAUUCUGAAGAUUUGGUAUCAGAUAUUUCAUCAAUAAAAUUUUAUAUUAGAGAUUAUAUGGAUUUAGGUCCAAACCGUUUACGUGAUUUUUGUACCCUUGAAUUGAAUAAUUCUAAUGAUUCAAUGGCAAAACCAAGAAGUUUAGAGACUCAAUGUAUUCUUAGCACUGGUGGAAAUUAUCCAAUUGGUCAGAUAACUUUUCAUAAGAAAGAAAUACCUCUUUAUAGCAUCACAGAAUUUUCUUUAGGUGAAGUUCUUCACCAUUGGUCUAUAAAUGAUAUUAAUAACAAAUCAAAAUUUAUAGUUUUCACAACAGAUUCUUUAGAAGCUAUUGGUAAAACAUAUAUAUUUUCACUAGAGAUAAUUGAGCAAUCUAUGAAAAAAUCUGGAAAUGACUAUAAUGCUUGCAAUAUAAAAGAUGAAACAGUUCAACAAGAUUCUCCUAUUGUUGGAGAUAUAACCCAAUUAGAUCCCUCGACUGGUUUAUACGGAUUUGAUGGAGAUUGUAGUACAGUUGCUAUGGGAUCUAUUUGUUUACCAAAUAAUGGAAUAUAUAUUAUCCAAGUUACCUCCUCAAGUCUUUAUGUAUUGUCAUCUGAUAUGUCCCAAAGAUGUAUAGAAUUAGACUUUAUGAAUACAAUUUUACAGAAUGAAUUAGAUGCUCCAAUGGUUGCCAAAUGUCUCAUUAUUAAAUCUUUUAUUAUACUCCUUUUGGAAAAUUCUAAACUAGCUCUUAUCAAACUAGAGAACAAAAGUGAUUUUAAUGAAAAUACACAUUCACUAAAUUCUAGUAUAGUAAAAGGUCAAGUUAUAGCAAUGCACAGUAAUUUUGUUCUUGUUCAUUUAUCCCUUGAUCUCCUUUAUCAGCAGUUACUUCAAUUUUAUACUACAUCUAGUUCUUUAAUUUUUCAAAGAUCACAGGGACAUUCUCUAUUUGGAAAUGAGGAUAUUCCUGACAAUCCAACUUUCUGGUUUCGACAUUUAUCCGUUGUUCUUGAUUCAAAUGAAGAUUCAGAUACACAGGAAAACUUUGAAAUCAAUGAGAAAAUAAAUACAGUUUCAGAUAGUGGCAAGUAUUUGGAAGAUGUAAGAAAAUCUGGUGAUAUAGAUAAAUAUUUAAAACACAAUUUAGACAAUAAAAGUUCUAUAAUUAUUUUGAUAGUAUAUAGUCAAGUCUGGAGAAAUGGUGCUCUUAUAAUGAUUGAUCUUGAAAAUCACCAAAGAAUUGUUUUUUUUUCACCAUUCAUCUCUGCGGUACCUGCAUUAUUAAGAAAUGUUGCAACUCCUUAUUCUUAUAUUUUAGAAAAUACAAUUUCGCGUCUACUUGAAUGUGAAUUUGAUUUAGGUCGUCCAAUAACUUGUAUUAUAUCACCUAUUGUAGAACCAGAAUUCACUUUUAAAGCAGAGUACUCAGAAGAUAUGUUAGCAAGUAAUUUUUCUAUCCAAGAGGCUGUAGAGAAAUGUUAUCAAGUGAAAAGUCAAACAUGUGACUCUAAUCAAAAUGGUUCAACCAAUAAAACGAAUAUAUUUGGUAAAGGAUUUAAUGAGGCAUCUCAUUUGGUGACGGCUGAGAUGAUUAGCCUAAGUAAUUAUGGUGAAAUGCUUCUUAUAAUUACAGUAAAUAAACGUCCAUUACUGACAUAUAAAUCUUUCAACAAAAUGGGUAGAAAGAAAUAUAAAUCACUGCGUGAUGUUAUGCUAGACACUAAUAUAAAUUGGAUAUUAAUCCCUCAGCCAAAUCUUCCUGGGAUAUUCCCUAGUAUUACUAAUUUCUACCCACUUUUUCCCUUAAGUGGAUUUACUUCUUCUAGUAGUAUGGAAGAUACUUUUUCUAAAGAACCUCCAUUAUCAGUUUAUAAAUGUGGUCAUAUUACUAAAUAUUUUAAAGGAACUUGCUCAAGUUGGAUUUAUGUUCCUCCAUCUUCUGUUACUGAUGCUAAAGAUACAGACAAUUCACAGAUAAACUCACCUAACAAUCUGGAAAACAAUGAAAUGACAUGUAAUGCUCUAUGGAUAAUAGAAAGUAGAAGUAAAUUCAGUAUUGUUAGAUUUGAAUCUGAGAAAAAGACGAAUUGCAUUUCAGCAAUACAAUCACCCUGGUCAAAAAUGUCGAUAUUAUUAACAACUCAGUAUGAUCACCAAAUUAAGUUUCAGAUAUUUCAAUCUCCUUUUACAUAUCAAAUGGAUAUAUUUCCGCCAAUAGCCACUUCAUAUGAUAACUGGCUAUUAAGAAGAGUUUGUUUACCUGAGGUCAUUCCUCAAAAAAUAGCAUUUAGCGAGAAAUAUAAACUUGUAGCUCUUAUAGUUGGAAUACCAGAUAUAGCAAAGCAUCAUCUCAAUGGCUUUCAUAUUCAACAAAUGGCUUUUUAUAGAUAUUUACGCUGUCUUGAAGCUGGAGGAAAAGAAGCACAAACAAUAUUAUACAACCAAGAACUAAUUAGAAAUCCUGAAAAGUGUUUCGAAAAAUCUUUGACAAGCAUUCCAGAUCUUGGAAUCCCAAGUGUUGACUUUCAUUGUAGUUCCUUCAAUGAUUCAUUACCUCCUGGGAUCGAAAUAGGUGAAAUAUUACCGAAAUUAGUUACACAAGCAGUUAAGGAAGCAGAAAUAUACGAAUUUUCAAAUUCAACUAACUCAAAUAAAAAAAGUUUAAAACAGUAUCAUCCAAGUUACAAAUCAGGAAUACUUCGUCAUGAGUUACUAAUAUAUUCUCUAGAUGACUUAUUUCCUCCAGUUAUACAAUUUCAAAUAAAUCAGACAAUACACUAUGCAAAACCUCUUGCUAGAUUUAGCUUUGGACCUUGGGAAGUUGGUCUUGAUAUCAAAUUUGGACAUGACUCCCAAGGAGUAGAUGUUUUAAUAGUUGGAACUGGGACAAAUCCAACUCAAUAUUAUGAAGCUGAAGGACGUCUUUUGUUAUUUAGAGUAAAACAUAUUCUAUUAAAUAGAGAGAGCAAUUACUCUACACAUGAAGAAAAAAAUAAUCUUAUAAUGAUUGAUUCUAAACAUCAACCAUUAAAUUCAAAUAAAUGGCCAGGUUUAUCAAGUUAUUGGCCAUCUCGUUUAUCUCAGGCUUUAUAUCAAACUAAUAUAGUUGUUAUUAAUCCUUGUUUUUCAAAGGUAUAUCGUGGACCUGUUACAUGUGUUGAUCUAAUUGACUUGCCAGCUACAACUGCUCCUGUAGCACCUGCUAUACCUGCUUUAGCUGCUUAUCCAAUUCUACAAACUAACAUGGGACUAAGGAGUCCAUCAUCUCUUGUUAGUUAUAUGAUCCAUACAUUUGGCUAUAGAUUAUUUAUACAUGAAUUUAAGGAAGAUGAUAAUUCUUUUAUACGUGGAACCUUUAUGGAUACUCCUUUAGGAAUUACAUGUGUCUCUCACUUCAAAUCCUUGUUUUUUGUUGGUGAUAUUAGAAGGGGGAUUCAUCUUGGAAUGCUAAGGACAGAUUCUGGUAGAGGAUCCCAAACAAUGGUAAAGCUAGCUAGAUCACACCCACUAUGGAAAUUUACUUGUACAGCUGCACAGCCCAUUAUUAAUGCUAAAGAUAUGGCAGUACUAGUUGCAGAUAAUAGAAACAAUAUAUAUGUCUUUGAACCUGAUUUUAAUGCAACUCAAAUUAUUGAAAGAGAGACUCUAAAGCCUAAAUCAAUAAGUAAAAUUAGUACAAGUAUUGUGAAUAUGAAACAAGUUAGAGUUGAAAACCGUGUAGUUGUUAUUGCUAUCGGACAGAACGGCUCAUUUUACUCUAUGCAAUUUAUCGGGCAAAAGCAAAGGACACUCUUUAGGCAGCUUGAAAAAGCCCUAGAUAAUACAAUCCCACCUUGUUUAGGACUUGGUAAUAAGACACUUCAACGUAUUAAUAUAAAUAACUCUAUACCUUCAUAUAUACGUAAUUUAUAUCCUACGAAUACACUAGUAUAUCAAAGUUGUAUACAAAGUAUUAGGUAUCUAUCUGCACCAUUACAGAAGGUCUUAUUGAAGAAUAUUAAGAAGGAUUUAAGUUUAAUUAGUAAUUUUAUAGUUUAA